AAAGCUGACAAUACCAAAGAAACAUCAGGAGAUAAAUCUAAUGAUAAACUUAUAUCUAGGGAACAUCUAAACGUAACCCCAAUAGAUAACAAAACCCAGAUAGUAAAUAAAAUAGACGAAAGUAAUAUUGAAAGUGAGGAGCUGCACUCACCUAACGUCGCAAAGGACGCUGAAGUGAAGAAGAAGCAAGAAGCCAAGCCAAAAGGAAAAGAAAAAGACAUGUCUCAUGCGAUCAAGAAAACCAACCCAAUUCUAAAAUCUACUAUUCCAAUAGCUCAAGAGGUAUCGCCAGAGCAAAUCAAACCCUGUCAUGAGAAAACAAAAAAAAACACUACAAAUUUAAAGAGCUUGUCAAAUAACAAUAUUGAUCCAAAAGAACUUGAGGAUAAUCAACAACAUUUGGCAAAUCAAAAUGUCAAGAUAAGGAAACGAGCAGGAAUUGAGUCAGGAAAUUCGACUGAGGUAAUACAAAAGCAAUUUGAACAAACCCAACGUGAAACAGAACUACAAGAAACACUUGAUUUAAAAGCUGUGCAAAGCACAACAAUUGAACAACAAAAUCUUGCGGAGCAGGCGAAUCGACAGCUUUCAACUAAACAAAAUGUUGUUAUAAAGAAACUUGACUCAAAGAAAGAAGACGUUAAGAAAAGUUUAUCGGAAGUUAAUAGCGCUGUUAUUCCAGUUAAAAAAGAGGCAAGUGGAGAUAGGGGCAAAUUAUCCUAUGGGAACACGGAGAGCCAAGGAAUCAAUGCUAACUAUUUAAAGCCUUUGGCAAGCAAAAAUAGUGAACAAAAACUUCAAAAUCAGACAGCUGAUCGUCGGGCUUCUGAAAAGAAAAAUGACAAGGAAAACGUGGAGCAGUCAAGAAAAGAAGAAAAUUCUAACCAAACGGCAGAAAUGACCAAGAAUAAUGCGACAGACCUGAACAGUUGUCUUAUUUCGACUGCUCAAGCGAAAGCAAAUCAACAGAACAAUGAACAUAAACUUCACCGAGUGUCAUUCGAUCGGCAAGCCCUAACAAAACAAAAUGAUAGGAAUAAUGAACCCGUGGCUCAAAGAAGUUUACCAAACACUAACUACCCUGUAAUUCCAGCUGCUCAGAAAGGAAAAUAUGAAAAGCCUGAACCAUUCAUGGAGAUAAUAGAACAACUGGAAGCUGAUGACAAAAGCUUGCAGUUUCUAGCCCAUAAAUACAAUGAUCAGCAACAUCUUGAAGCCCAGGUUGCGCACCAACUUCUUCUGAAGCAGCAGGUAACAAGAAAGGAAGAGAAAGUAAGAGACUAUCGAACAUCUUAUGAGACCAAGAGAAAUUUACCAAACUUUCCAUUUGAUUAUGGAGUAGAACAAGGAACACACCAAGAAUACCAACAUGUCGAUAAAACUGUGAAGCCCUUGGCAAGUAAAAACAAUGAGCAACAGCUUUUUCAGCAGCAAGUCGAUGCAAAAGCCUCGAAACCUCCUUGCAAAAGUCAGAUGCAGGAACCAACGAAGGAAGAUGAAGGAAUGCAAACAUUCUUGGGAGCCAAACAAAAUGAUAUGCCAGAUAUUAAUAAUAUAGCGCUUUCACAUGUGCCAGUUGAUCGACAAACCUUGUUAAAACCAGGUGCUAAUCCUCUAGAAAAUGAAAGCAAUCACCAAACACUUGAUGGGAAGAAGCGGGUAAAUGACCAACCUCUGUCAUUAGAAACAGGAAUUAAAAGAUCCAAGUCCAAUACAAAAAUUAAACAAACUCUAAAACAGGGCAGCAAUCGAAAGAAUGACGAUCCGUAUUCCCCCCACAUGAAAGUAAAGCCUGAUGCAAAAGUGGAACGGAAACAUCAACCGAGUGUAAAACAACAAUCGAAAACAAAGAAUUUAGAAAAUAAAAUGGAAGAGAGACGCGAAAACAAUACUGAAAAGGUUUCCAACGAAAAGCAAGCACUCGAUAUCAAGAAGUUAAGCACGGACAUGAAUCAUAUCCCUGAUGAGGCUAAUAAAAGCGCGGAGAAAGGAGAAACUGAGAUGGAGCUAGGACAAAAACAACUACAACAACCGAGCGCUAAUGAUGCGUUGAACCUCGAAGAGAUUGAAAGGAAAAAAGAGAUGAGUCCGGAAAAUAGGGAACUGAAAAGGAAACUUGAUGAUCAAAAACCAAAUGUGCAGAAAACGGAAACUUUGGAAAAUCCACCACUAAAGAAAAUAAAAUAUGAUGCGGAGAAACACAAAAUACAAAAGCCGCCUGUUAAACAACCAAAAAUUAAAAAACAAAAAGAGAAAACAAAGUAUAAGGAAGAGGGAAGCGAAAAGGUUUCCGGCGAAAAGAAGGCACCUGCAGCUAAAAAGAAAACCACGGAAACGGACGAAAUCGAAGCAGAGAAAAAUCAAUCACAACAACCAAAUGUUAACCAAGCCUUGAGUCUCGAAGCGAUUGCCAAGAAAAUAGAAAGUAAUACGGAAAAUGAAGAUAUAAGUAUAAAACUGGGGGAUCAGAAACCAAUGUUGCAAGAGAGCGAAACUUUAAGAAAAGAGGAACAACAACAGCUGAAUAUAAAAGAACAUAAGAAACAUAAUUUGGAUAACUAUAGGAAAGGAGCAUGCGAAAACAAUACGGAAGAUAUUUCGUCAACGAAGAAAGAACCUGUAACUAGGAAGAUAAGCACGGAAACUCAGCAAAAAGGGGUGAAUCUCGAAGUUGCACGGAAAGAUGACAUGAUUCCGGAUAAUAAGGAAUUGAAAAGGAAACUUGACGAUCAACAGCCACAAUUUCAAAAAACAGAAACUUUGGAAAACCCACCACAAAAGAAAAGAAAAUCGGAUGCAAAGGAGAAACAAAAAGAACAAAAGCCGCUCGUUAAGCAACCGGAAAUCAAAAAACUAAAGCAAAUUGAAAGUAUUAAGGAACAGAGAAGCGAGAACAAUACUGAAAAGGUUUCCGCCGAUGAGAAAGUACCUGAAGUUAAGAAGAAAGGCGUGCAAACUAAUCUUAUCUCUGAUGAAGCUAGUGAAGACGCUGAGAAGGGGAGAACUGAGAAAAAGAUGGCACUAAAACAACAAAGGGUGCAAAAAGUGCCCAAUCUGGAAGAGAUUGUAAGAAAAAUGGAAACGGAUAUAAACAAUAGUGAAUCGUUUCGAAAACUUGGGGAUCACAAACCAAAUUCACAGAAAACCGAAGCUUUAAAAGUUCCUACGCUGAAGAAGAGGGAAUCCAAUGCGAAAGAGGAACGUAACAAUGCGGACAAAGAAGAAAUUGGGAAAAUGUUAGAACUAAAAGAAGCACAACAAGCAAAUGUAAAUCAAGUGCAAAACCUGAAAACACUUGCAAAAAGAAUGGAAAUAAAUCAGGAAAAUGUGGAUCAAACAACAAAAGUAGAACAGAAAACAGAGGUUAUUGUCAAGAAACCGUUGCUCGAUGCACAAUUAAAAUCUGAGUCAGAUAUAAAACCAACUGAAACCCAUAAAAUUGCAACCAAUAUACCCAGCACCCCAAAGCUUGUCGCUCCGAACCUGACAAAUCAUCCGGAAAAUGAAGCGCCACCCAACAUACCAUUUAUAAAGAAACUAGAAAAUAAUAUGGGAAUUGGAUUUUUUGAAAUGACGGCAGCUGCGCAAAAGCGAUCCUCAGCUGGUCUGUUCAAAAUGGAAACUAACCCGAAAUCAGAUGUGGCCCAGAAAGAUGCAUUUGAUAUGCCCACAAUCCCAAGACGCAUUCUUCCAGUUGCGCAAAAGCCCAUCCUUGGGAUCAAAGAUCUUCAACCAAAGCGAGGCCCAGGUUUUGUGACAGUUAGCAAACCCUCUUCAACUGCUAAGGAAGAGAUUGCAAGCAUGAUGCCCAGAUCCUCAAUAUCGCAAAGCUCUGAGAGCAAUGUGACUGAGGCAAACAAAAGUCUAUUGAUUUCCAAGGAAGAGAUUGCAUCCAAUGUAACCAACGCCCAAAAAAAUGUUCCAAUAAACCAAAAGGCAAGUUUUAUACAAUCAAAAGCAAUGUGUAAACGUUUGAAACAUGUGUAA